AUGAUCUACUAUUACUUGAUUGGAUUUCUAUUAUUGGUUAAUGGAUAGUCAAUCACAACUUUGAGUCUCUCCUAAUUUUAUUAGUGCACCUGUGAAAACUUAAAAACACCAUAAGAUUGUUUUCGAGAUUUUUGUAAUUGGGAUAUUGAAAAUGAGGAGUGCUAAAAUAAAAAAUGCGAAGAAUUUACUAAAGGCGAUUGCCAAGCAGUUCCAGAGCCAUUUAACUGUGUUUGGAAUUACACAAUUGGUAAAUGCGAAGAUUUUAAAGCUUGUUCUGAUUUUAGUUUUCCAGCUUCUUAUGCUGAUAGAUGUUAUGAAUUAAUAAAAUGCUAAGCUGAUCCUGAUUCAAUUGAUUUUAUAUCUAUGAAUAUCAAAUGCAUGGACAGAAGUAAUGAUUCCGCAAAGAGUAUUGUCAAUUGCGAUAAAAUUCCAUAUGAAAGCUGUAAAUGGCUUGUAACUGAUGAAGAUCUAUUAUGUGUCAAAAAUUUGUAAACAAAAACUUGUGAAACAAGAAAAAUAAAUAAUUGUGCUGAUUAUAACACAAAAUAGACUUGCGAUAAGAGUACUUGUUAUUGGGAUGGUUCAUGCAAAUCCUUAGAUUGUUCUAAAUUAUCAGAGGAGAAUUGCCAAUAUUAUCUUUCCUUUGAUUAGAAAAAUGUUACAUUGUGUACUUGGAAAGAAAACUAAUGUUCUAAUUUAGAUAUAGAAAAAUUAAAAUAAAAUUAGUGCUUGUCGUACACCAUAUAUUCAUAUGCUUGGAAUCCAGAUAGCGAAAAAUGCGAAAUUUGUAAAAACUAGAUGUUUCUGCUUUUAUCAUAUGGAAUAAUCUUGUUGUUUUUAGGGAUUAUUUGA